CGGAGCCGCUGCCGCUGGCGGUCCGGACCUGAGGCGCGAGCUGAGGACACAGCGCCGGGUGCGGGCGCGGCGCGGGUGCGGGCGCGAGCUCGAGCUCGAGCGCGAGCCCUGCCGGUGGCUCUCGGUGCUCUUAGGUCCCCUCGCUCUCGUCCGGGACGCGGGAGAGAGCGGCGCGCGGCGGGGGCGCGAGGUGGUGCGGGCGGGGGCGGCCAAUGCGAAACUGGCUGGUGCUGCUGUGCCCGUGCGUGCUCGGGGCCGCGCUGCACCUCUGGCACCUCUGGCUGCGCUCCCCGCCGGCCCCCCGCGCCUCCGGGCCCGGCGCGGCAGGUCAAUCAGCCUUAUUUCCUCAGUGGAAAUUUAGUCACUAUGAUGUGGUAGUUGGUGUGUUAUCAGCUCGAAAUAACCAUGAACUUCGAAAUGUGAUUAGAAACACCUGGCUGAAGCAUUUGCUGCAACAUCCUACUUUAAGUCACCGUGUGCUUGUGAAGUUCAUAAUAGGUGCUCGUGGCUGUGAAGUGCCUGUGGAAGACAGGGAGGAUCCUUACUCCUGCCGACUGCUCAACAUCACCAAUCCAGUUUUGAAUCAGGAAAUUGAGGCCUUCAGCUUUCCUGAAGAUGCCUCCUCAUCCAUACUCUCUGAAGACCGAGUUGUCAGCGUGAGCUUCCGAGUUCUCUACCCAAUUGUGAUUACCAGUCUUGGAGUGUUUUAUGAUGCCAGUGACGUUGGCUUUCAGAGGAACAUCACAGUCAAGUUGUAUCAGGCAGAGCAGGAGGAGGCCCUUUUCAUCGCUCGAUUUAGUCCUCCAAGCUGUGGAAUACAGGUGAACAAGCUAUGGUACAAGCCUGUGGAACAGUUCAUCUUACCAGAGAGCUUUGAAGGUACAAUCGUAUGGGAAAGCCAAGAUCUCCAUGGCCUCGUGUCCAGAAACCUACACAGAGUGGCAGUGAAUGAUGGAGGGGGUGUUCUCAGAGUCAUUACGGCUGGAGAAGGGGCAAUGCCUCAUGAAUUCAUGGAAGGUGUGGAGGGAGUUGCAGGUGGCUUUAUCUACACUGUUCAGGAGGGAGAUGCACUGUUACAAAGCCUCCAUUCGCGGCCCCGGAGACUCUCAGACCACAUUCGGGAUUUGCGAGUGGAAGAUGCCUUACUGCAGGAGGAGAGCAGCGUCUAUGAUGACAUUGUCUUCGUGGAUGUUGUGGAUACUUACCGGAAUGUUCCUGCAAAAUUACUGGACUUCUAUAGAUGGACUGUGGAAACCACCAGCUUCAGUUUGCUGCUGAAGACAGACGAUGACUGUUACAUAGACUUAGAAGCUGUAUUUAAUAGAAUUGCUCAGAAGAAUCUAGAUGGGCCUAAUUUUUGGUGGGGAAAUUUCAGGUUGAAUUGGGCAGUGGACAGAACUGGAAAGUGGCAGGAGCUGGAAUACCCCAGCCCAGCCUACCCUGCCUUUGCAUGUGGGUCAGGGUACGUGAUCUCCAAGGAUAUCGUUGACUGGCUGGCAGGCAACUCCGGAAGGUUAAAGACCUAUCAGGGUGAAGAUGUCAGCAUGGGCAUUUGGAUGGCAGCCAUAGGCCCUAAAAGACACCAGGACAGCCUGUGGCUGUGUGAGAAAACCUGUGAGACAGGAAUGCUGUCUUCUCCUCAGUAUUCACCACAAGAGCUGAGCAGACUGUGGGAACUUAAGGAACUGUGUGGGGAUCCUUGUCAGUGUGAAGCAAAAGUGUAGUGAUCCUCAAAGACCAGGAACUGUAAGUCUGAGGAGACCUCGUGGCUGGUAUUGAACUAUAAGCAGUAUGAUAUGACUAGUGUUUGCACAGAUCUUAAUGAAUCAAUUGAUACUGUAGCAUAAGUUUUUAUUUGUAAAUUGGAAGAUAAUUUAAUACCAAAUUAUUUUAAAAAAAAAUACUACUAACUUCUGAUCACUGUUACUAAUUAGUAAUUCAUCAUUACCAUUUUUUGUUAAACCUGGCCAAAUUCAGAAAGUUGUAAUAACUCCAUUUGAAUCUCAAUCAGGAUGAUAAAAUAGCUCUGUAUAGCUUAAUAAGGCCAGAAAGAAUGUACAAAGAUGCUGUGUGGCCCUGGGGCCACAUAUACCAAAGUCUGGGUUGCUGGAAAUACCAGUUUGUGGAUCUCUGACAUGGGCAAACUGGCCUUGAAAAGGAAAUACUGUAACCUGAAGUUUGGAAUCUUGCUUUUAAAGAUGUUUAUUUACAUAUGUACCAUGUUUUCUUUUACCAUUUAAUGUAAAUCCUGAAUGUCUCAGCUUACUCUCACUAAACUGUUUUUGUGAGUAUGAGUAAAAGUAAACACCUCAGGGUUCAGUGUCACAGGGAAGUAGGGAAGGUACUCUGCCUUACCUGAUGUUUACCUAAGCUUGAGGAGGUGGUAAUCUGUGGAAGAUAGGUUCAGUAUAAUGUAGGGGAAAGUAUGUUGUACAGAAUAGAAGAUGAGUUUCCUCAGUUUAAGGGACAUUUCUCAGAAUGACCAACCAAAUUACCGUAGUAAACUUUU